GCUAUCAUCUAGCAGUAGAUUUAUUUGGACAUCAGAGCUACUGAAAACCAUUCAUAAGAUUCCAUAUUUCUUGUCAUGGGUGCACCUCAGUGCCCGGGGCCACGAUCAGUCGGUGCACAAAGAGACAGUGACACUAGAAUAGGAAAGCAACAUCCGUGCCUACCCAAUUAUAGCUAUAUUAAAACCCAAUAAACUAGUUUGUAAAGUUAUCACUUAGUUAUGGAUGGAUUAAAUAGUUACUGAUUAGUCCAAAAUUUUCAAGUAGCAAAGAAUCAAUCUAUUAUCUCACUGCCCCAAGUUUCAUGUUUAAGCGUAAAUGCCUGAAGAGAGUAAGGUUAACUACUAGUUUAGUCAUCUUGCUUGACCUAUUCAUUUUAUUGCUCCUCAAGAGUGCAUAGAUAUAGGUGGUUGUCUUGCUCUACAGACUUAGUACCGCAUGUUUAUGGCAUGAGCUAGGGACAGCUGGCAUUGGUACCCAGGGCCGAGGGGGUACCAACCUACUUUUUGGCCCAGGGGGUACCAACCUAAAUUUUGAAACGUGUUUCAUACUUUCAUGUCUAUGGGAGAUAUUCUGCUCCACACUUAUUCUGUGAGGUCAUUUUCCGCCAGCUGUAUACCAUGAUUGAUACCCAUCAUUUUCCGUUUGAAAACUGCUUUAUGGUUGUGUGUUUUUUUUCUCAUGCUUCUUGUUAUUGGAUUAUUCCUCUGUUCUUUUGAGGCAAGAAGCUUUGUGCUUCAACUCCCUAUAUCCGGUUUUCGUCUUGUUAUUUUCCUUUUCUUUUCUGGACAAAAAAACAUGUGGUUGUCUGCAUAUGCGAUAGACAUUCCUGCUUUCACUACUCGGCAGCUGGAGUUCACCUGUUAAACAACUGUUCUUGAUUAAGUCUUUUUUCAGGACAUUGUAAUGAAAAUUCAUUUUUUUAAUUUGUUUCAUGCACUGCCAACCAUCAAAUGACGUCAAAAUUGCAUUCCUGAAAGCAAGGUAAUAACAAAUCAUCCUUGUUUUGUUGUUCAGUGCUUGUUUCAUUGUGGACAUACGUAUUUACUAUCACAUAUGGUGCAGAUCUUGAAUGACCUUUCUUUUGCAACUUCUCUUGACAAUUAGAUUUGAUUUGUCUAUGUAGGCUAAUUAAUGAAGGAAAACUAACUGAUGCUCUUAUUGUAUCCUACUGCUGUUUGCGCAGUGGAGCGUCUGAUAAAUUACUUUGGUUGCCCAUUGAUCAAAGGGAAUAAAUAAUAAGUCUAGGCACAGGACAACGUAACAAUAUGUGCUUGAGUGCUUACAUCAUACGUGAUCAUGUAAUUCUAUGACACAACCUGUUUAGUUCAGUUUCUCAAAACUUAGCUUUUACGAUCUGGUCUACCAUUUCUUGUUUGUUAUUGUACAAUCCCAUCGCCCAUUUGUGGUCAUCUUCACUCGAAUUUAGGGCGCAUAUUAUUCUUAAUUAUAUUGAUACCUAGGUCCUUCUAGGUAUCCAUCAUUUUUUAAAUUUCUGCACCAUUUUGUAACAGGUGCUACACAUGAAGCAAUCUCUGCAGCGGUAUGGUCAUAUUAUGAGUGCUGAUGACCAUUACACCAGAUGGCAACAGGCGAUGCCUUCCCACUUGCAGCAGGCCGUGCUGUUGUCACGCCACGACAUGGCGAGGCCGCCAUAUCGCGACAGCCCAGAAAGGAAACGGAGGAGGUUGCGCUUCUCCUGCUCGGUGCAUGCGGUGGCAGGAGAGGCCAAGAAGAGCAGCAGGAUCAGCUGCAGCACGACCGGAGGAAUGGUGAAUGAAUGCAUUGGGUGGUUUUUGACGGUGCGCUAUUACCUGGAGUGGCCCGUCGGGAGGCAAGCCGGAUCAUGGUCCGGCAUUGGGGGCUAGUGGGUUUAGAGGGUUCUGCAGGCCUCUAACCGACACGCGGAGCCCUCCCGAGGAAAGUUUGGUGUCUUGGCUGAGGAGCCCCCCAGGUCGGUUUAGGAUACUUGUAACCCUAGGCCUCGUUCUCCUUUAUAAGGCAAAACCAAGGGAUAGUUCAGGGCAUCGAUAUCAUUAUCAUCGUCUUGGUAGGUACACACACCCUAUACUUGUAACCCCCUCACGCGAGGCAUUUUCCAUCAUCAAUUAAAUCAAAGUAGGAGUAGGGUAUUACCUCAACAAUUACCGAAAAAGGCUUUCGCCCCGCUUUAUAUAUAAAGCAUCGACCACUAACAUCCCGGUACAAACGCACGCCACCACAACACACGCACACAGACAAGGCAAGAUACAUAAGCGCUGAGCGCAGCAACACCACCUCAAACUACAAGAGCAGCCGGGUCCUCGACCGUGAACACGCCACCGCGAAGAGAUGAAGCCGCAUAUGACGAACCGUGGGCUCCAAGGCGGUGCCUUCAGGAAGGAUACGACACCGGAGCGCCGCCACCGCCCGACCCGAGAGUCAGAGUUUCCCCUAGAGCAACACGACGGGCAAUGAUGGCCGCGACGACGCCUUCAGGAAGGGAGCGAGCUUCGCCGUCGCCGGUCCGUCCGAAGAUAGGACAGGUUUUCACCCCGGCCCAAACUCACCGCCACCGAACGCACACCCCGGCGACCAUGCCGCCCACACGACCAUGGUCACUGGGCAGGACCAAGGCACGGGUUUUUCCCAUGAGCGCCACGACACCACCACCAGGGCCGCCACCCCGGCAUCCAAGACCUUGACGCCACCUCACCAGU